AUGAGUUCAUCCCCGGGCCCGACUUUCCGAGAUAAGCUCUCGAUUCAGCUCGAGCCGUGGCACCGCUCCCUCCAAUUCUGGGUGCGCGUUGCAGAUGUCUACGCUGGAUACAAGGUCAGCUGGUUUGCAUGAGCCUGCUUUUCAUCUUUCGAGGGGUUUAUGGCUGCCGGCAUUGCUGUUCUCCGCGAAAUUUUCCUCUCUUUUUUUCGCCCAGGUCUGCCAGUUCCGGGCUGGGUUGACCAAAGAUGCUGGAGAGCGGGAGACAAUGUGGGAGAGGCAGCAUGAGCUCGCCGCCGAUAAGCUAUACACCAUGUGCUACGAAAUGGGGGGCUUCUUCCUCAAGGUCGUAGAAGAAGUAUUCAGUUCGUUGAUUGGUGAAAUUGUGAUCUUGGUUCAUGGGAAUUAUUUUUCCAUGUUAACUACUGAAUUCGAACCAUAAAUGUUCAAACUGAUUUUUCCAUCCGGUUCUUGUCGAUAGUUUUCUUUUGCCCCUGAGAAAUGGCAUUGUGUGAUUCUGAUCACUCCAUCUGUCUCUUGAAAACACGUACAAAAGGUUUUAGUGUUAAAUACUUUUAAUUCCCUCAUCUCCAUAUAUUUGAAUAAAACUAAACUUACCCAUGGGAAAGUAUUUCCUAAUGUGAAAAGGGUAAAAAAGUUGAGGCUCUGGUCACCUGUCCACUGUUUGGUUAAGUUAUAAUCAAGUAACAUAUUAUCAUAAAUUUUUAAAAUAUUUUUAUUUUAUUGAAACUUUUCUAAACCAUGAUCAUCAUUCCUAUUGAUCUUAACGCAGCUAGUCAAGUUUUAUGGACAAAUAUCUCAUUUUUCAUUCCACUCUAUCAUAUGCCAGGCCAACCGACCUAUUAUUAUGCCAUUCUGAGCGCUUCUAGUGUUCCCUUUUACCUCUUGAGUCCCCUCACAAUGAUGAAGAUCAAAUAUUUAUUUCCGACUUGUACUUGUAUUGGUUUUCUUCACAUACACUAAAUCAUCUUUAAUGUUUUCUUGUGGAUUUUUUUGGUUAGCUUCAAACUUGCUGCAUUGUCUCCGUGCCAUUAUUUUUCAUGACGAGUUACAUGUAUAAUAUUCCAAUAUCAUUUCGGACGAAGAUCUUAUGAUCACAGUGGUGCCAUAUAGAUGUUGCUAACUUUAUUUUACCUUUGUGCCUGUUCUUGUUAGCGUAUAUCUUGAAUUUUCGUUCUUCCAAGGAAACAAGCGUUCAAGGUCACAUGUACUGAGUUUGGUAUUUAAAUUAGGCUGCUCAACUUGUGGGUAAACCUGACCUGGCUCCAGCAGCUUGGGUGAGAAGGCUAGUCACAUUGUGUGACAGAGCACCUGCUACACCAUUUGAAGUCGUUCAGAAGAUAUUGGAGGAGGAUCUGGGUCAAAGCUUCUCCAUGAUGUUUGAAAAGUUUGACGAAGUUCCCCUGGGCUCUGCUUCAAUUGCACAGGUGCUAAUGUUCAUGAAUCAAAUGUUUUUAAUACCCUUUGAUUUAUGGUUUUACCAAACAAAGUGAACACGUCAGUAACACGAAAAAAGAAUUAGGAAUUAGGUCCCUUAAAAGUUGAGUUAUCAUAUUUGUUUGAACGUAUUUUUCCACUGUUUUUUGAGCACGCAUUAUGCCACCAUCUGUCUGGAGUCUUCCUGAAAUGCGGUCGACCUACCACAAGACUUUGUCUGAACCUUGCAUAUCUGAAGGGAAAUACCCAUCUGUGGUUCACUUUUGUUUCUUCAUUUGAAGGGCAUAGUUGCACAUACGUGUUCAUAUUUUUUGAAAAGGGGAUUCAGAGAUGUAAAUAUCUAGCUCAUAUUUUCCUGGUCAAAUUUCUCUGUUCAUCCAACUUUAGGCAACACGUCAACUCAAGACAUCAUGAUUAUGUUGAUCCUCUACUGGUCAGUGAUAACUGUCAAAUAGGUAUUUAACUUUUUUCUUUGUUUUUUUCCCUCUGUCAUCUUAUCUACUUUUUAACAUACUCGAGGAUGUAUUUGUUUUUCGGUGAUGAUGCUUUUCAUUCAAUUCUUUUCUUGUCCAAUAAUUUUUAGAAAUAUUUUCAUUUAUUACAAUAUACGAUCCAUCUUACAAAAUUGACAUUAUUCUGAUAAUUCUGCAAUGGAGUCCGAUGCUGAAACUUCAUAAGAGUAUAGGUUUUGAGGUAGAAUAAACAUUCUUUUAUCUCAUAAUAAGUCUCAAUAUAGCGUACAAGUCGAUACUCAAUGAUAAUAAUACUUUUGAAUCCAAGUGGUAUCAUGUAUUUGAAUGAGAAAUGCCCUGUUCGUAUUACAUUAUUUUGGAUAUGCCAUCUAGUUAAAGUGAUGUGCUACUUUGCAUGAGACAGAACAUUUUGGUAGAAAACCCAAAGAUUUCCUUUUUAUCUUCGAACAGAUAUAAUCAUGCAAAAGCAAUGUAAAAAUUGACUUGGAUAGUGACAUAUUUAUAGACUCCUAACAGCAACCCAUGUCUAGCACCUCUAUUUUUGAUUAUGCAAUGAGUAUAAUUUUAGGCUAAAUAAGUAUGUUCCCCUCCCCCCCGCUUCUUCUUCUCCUCCUUUUUUUGCAACUAGUCGUAUUAUCUAAAUACUAUAAAUUAUGUAAGCAAAAUCGUGUGGGUCAUACUUCUCCAUUGAACUUAUGAUGUCGAUCACAGAUCACUGAGUUGCUUACCUCGUGGAUCGUUUUAUUCGCACAAAUGUACCUGGAGGAAAACACAACAUUGGGAGCAUUAUGUUUUUAGGCUGAAUGUUCCUUUUUUCUCAUGAAAUGGGAAUAUUUGAGGAUUGAAGCCUGAGGGGGGUUGGCAAACAGCUAACCUUGUUUUACUAUAUUCUGGUUUCCAUCUCAGGUUUAAAUUGUACCGUAGUGCAUGAUGCUAUUUUGAGUGGUCUAUUUGCUUCCAGAAACACUUAUUUUCGAUGUCAUUUGGUAAUUGCACUAAUUGAGUAGCGAUGAAUUUAUUUUUUUCAUUCACGAUGAUAGGUUCAUCGAGCAAGAGUGAGAGGUGCUAAGAGUGAUGUUGCAGUCAAGGCAAGGAAAUUUCAGAAUUUUUUCUUUCCAUCAGUAAAAGACAGGAAAGAAUAAUGUCCUAUUUCAUGUUCAUUUGUAGGUACAACAUCCUGGUGUUCAUCGACUGAUGAUGACAGACAUUCACAACCUGCAGGCAUUUGCCUUGUUCUUGCAGAAAACAGAGAUAAAAUUUGAUCUCUUUUCUGCCACAAAGGAAGUUGAAAAACAGGUUUUGAUAGUUCUUUGCUGCACCGUCUAUUUCAAUAGAUCGUUAUAGUAUUGUUUACAUGUUGAUUUGCUGUUUACUUAUAUGAUUGAGAUCAUCCUGUGAUAUUAAGAUGCCCCUUAAAAGUUGUUCUGGCUAGCCUGUGAAACGUCGUUUUCAUGUUAUAGUCUUCUCUUAUCAAUGAUCAUCCUGUUAUAGUCUUCUCUUAUCAAUGAUCAUCCUGUUAUAGUCUUCUCUUAUCAAUGAUCAUCCUGUUAUAGUCUUCUCUUAUCAAUGAUCCUCUGUUGGAAAUAAACACAAAGGAGUACGUUUUGUUUUAUGUUUUACUUUAAUUCUCAAUUUCAAGUUUUGAACUGUUUUAUAUCUUUUACGUUUUGUUAAAAAUUGUGCUAGUAAGUAUAGACCUUCCGUUCCAUAAAAUCUGUCAUGUUUAGCUUCCCUCAUGAGGACCAUCCACGGCUGAUUCAGGAUCCUGAAUAUGUGGAUACCUUUUUUUUAUACAGUUACCGUGGGAAACAAAAUCCAACAUUCUUUCUCAGCUGUCUGUCCCUACGUCUGUUCCUUUCGAAUUACUGCAUCUUGUCAAGGAUAUUUGCGAAUUUUGAUCUUUUUUUCUUAAGAUGUUGAAUUUUUCUGGUAGAAAAUUUCUACCCAUAAUUUGAAGCACUUCAAUAAAUGAUCUUUUGCUGAUGAGAACUUUGAUUAUUUUUAAGGUUGAAUUUGAAUUUGAUUUCAUGAGGGAAGCUGAUUCUAUGGAGAAGAUACACCAUUUUCUGCAUUACAAGAACAAAAAGUCUCCUGUUUUGGUGCCGCGUGUAUUUCGUGGACUGGUGACUAGGUACGGUAUACAGCUAUUACAUUUUUUUAAUGGAGGAUUCCAUUAAUUCGUGUGUAUGAUAUAAUAGUUUUUUAAAACUUUUUGAGGAUUGGAAUUGGGGCACUUCAUCGUGAGGUCUACUCCUUCGGAUCACUGUUCAUUGUUGAGCCUCGUCUACAUGAGCUAUUGUCUGGGAUUUAGAUCUCAGCCCCUUUGGAAUGUGCUUGAAAAUUUAACCAAAUUGCCCGAGUGGCUUUCUGCUUAAGAUAUGAUCUCCAUUUCUUCAUGUUGACCUUUAUAUCAUUGCCUGAAAUUACCAAGCUAUUUAUUCAUUUUUUUCACGUUAGUUACUUUCUCUUUCCUUUUUGACUGAGAGUCAUGUAGCUUUAAGAUUUGGAAGUGAUAUGGGUUCAUUCUUGUUUUCAGAGUUCUUCUUCUAAUUUUCUAAGUGCUAGUUGAUUUGGUCAACCUGAGCCAAUUUAUGAGAGGAAUGAGAUCAGAUUGGCACCAGCUAAUUCACGAUCUGGGUUUAUUUCGCACUGAUGCAACCUGUCAAAUCAUUCAUGCCUUAUUUCUAAUUUGAGUCAGUCCUACACCUAGAGUGUGGAAUAUCUGAUGGAAUCAUUCAUAUAUCUGCGUGCGAUUUCUAUCGAACCCAAUAUAAUUACAUUUCUAUUUUCCAAAUUUGUAAUUUUGCUGUAGGCGGGUCUUGGUGAUGGAUUUUUUUGACGGAAUUCCAAUUAUGAAUCUUGGCGCAGAGAUGGCUCGGAGAGGCAUAAAUCCGAGUGGUAAGAUUGCAGUGGCAGCAAAGCAGUAAGUUUUUGGAAAUGCUUCAUUGAGUCAUAUUUUUGUGUUUCUACUUAUUAACCUUAUACACAUUUAUUUAUGUGUGCAAAUAAUUAUGCAAAUCUGAGUGAUCAAUAUUUUUAGUUGAUGGCUUUAGUUUUUUUUUCUUUUUUUUCCUUUAUGUCAAACCAAAAAUGUCAAUUAGUUGCAACUUGAUCCAACUGCCAUAGAAGUAAUUUUGUUCCUAUAAAUAAAUACGGUGUUUCAUUUUUCUUACUGUUCAUUUUAUGAACAUUUGGGUACCGUUAGCAGCUCUUAAUGUUUCUUAUUAAAUGUGCUCGAUUAUAAUAAUACUAAUUAUUAUCAUUGACUGAUUAUAAAAUUAAUACCAGUCGUUCAUAAUUCCAAGAGAAGAGAAACCUGUUGUCAAAUGUAUAGCUGUUUUAUUGGAUUUCAUCGGCGAUGGUAAUUCUUUGACUAAAUGGACAUUUUAUGUCUGAUUCAAUCACUCAAUCCUCUUUAUAUAUGGAAAUAACUUCCACAUAGUUCCUUUUAUUGGGUUUCGUGACGAAUUAUUUCCAAAAAAUUCCGAGAUUUCCCUCUGUAGGGCGGGGCAAGAUCUUGACUCCCACUUAUGGAUUUGUGUUGAUCAGGAGCAUCUUGAAAAGUCUGACCCAGGCUUAUGGGCAAAUGAUCCUUGGGAGUGGCUUCUUCCACGCCGAUCCUCAUCCCGGGAAUAUCCUAAUAUGCAAGGGCUCAGAGGCAAGUAAACUCUAAGCUCAUAUGACGAUCCAUGCAGUCAUCAUCUGAAGCUCAUCUUACGAUAAUCAGCGAUGUUUUCCUUGCUUGCUAGCUAUUAAGUUUUCCGAAUCCUCUUUUCCAUAUAUUUGCUAUUGUGGGAAAAGAAAUCAUAUUUUUAAAAGUUACGCUUGGUUUUUAUUUAUUUAUUUACUUAAUUCAUCCUAAAUUUUGGGUAUUUAAGUUUCCGUUUUUCUCCAGAUCGCACUGUUAGAUUAUGGUCAAGUGAAGGAUCUUCCAGAAAACCUCAGGCUCGGAUAUGCAAAUUUAGUUCUUGCUAUGGCUGACACCGAUCCUGCCAGGAUUUCAGAAAGCUUCAAGUAGUAUUUUGUUUAUUUAUUAUAAUUUAUUCUAUAUUAUUUAUUUAUUUAUUUUUGUUUCUUUGUUCAUCCCUCCUUUCUAAUAAUGUACCAUCUGUUUGAGUGAUCAUCAGGGAAUGUGAAUGGGACGAGGAUAAUUUCCCAAUCCAUUUUGUUACUUCCAAAAAAAUAUUCUGAAUUAUAUGGUUUUUUUUUAAAUGGUACUUAAUUUCAGGGAGAUGGGGAUAGAAACGGGGACAUGUGGUGCAGAUCAGGGAGAGCUGGUGAAUCUGGCCAGGGGAAUGUUCGACACCAGGCUUCCCCCAGGAGUGCAGGUCAUGUCACCCUUUGAAGAUGAUUCUUCUCUGAAGACUGUCGGAGUUGAGGUAUUUACUAGCAAAUUUAUUCUCUCUGCUUCAUAAUUCAGAAAAACUACGGCCUUUUUUUAAAAAAAUAAUGGCUGGUAUCGUAAAUGCAUAUUAAUGUACCAUAUUUGCAUAAAAUGUUUGAGCCUCCAAAAUUGGUAUCAUACCAUUAAUGGUAUUCAGAAAAAUCAUUAUACCAUCCAUAUAUAGACUAUGUAAGGUAUUCUCAUUGUUCACGUGGACCAUGGUAUAGAAAACACAUCUGAUUUCGAACGAAAAUUUCUGGCUACCAUCUUCACCAAAAUUGUUUUUUUUAAUUUUUAAAGCAUCAUGCUUUAUAAUCCUAGCUUCGUUUGUAAACUUACUAGUAUGGAACUGCUCUCUAUCGUUAUUAUUAAAAAAUUUAAAAAUAAUGAUGAUCGCUAUCCUAACAUCAUGACUCAAAUCCAGCUGAAUAUACUUCCAAUUUCCCAUUUAUUGUGCACUAUACUUAAAAAAGUAUGUCCAAGCUUUUCAAAUUGGUUGGUAAUUGAUUCCAAAGUGGUUUCACAUCUUAAAGCUCCUCCAAAAUCUUCCACAUUACCGAACCAUUUUUGUAAGAUUCUUCAUUGGUGGAGCUGCUGAAUCAAAAAACCCUUCACAUGUUUGAAGAUUAUCCGAUGGUUUUAAUUUUAGUUUUCUAAAAAUUCCGUGCCCAGCUUUCUUUUGUCAAUCAGUCCUCUUGCAUUGCCUUGAUUGUAUCGAAAACAUCUAUCAGAUGGCAGGAAAAAAAAUAAAAAUUAACCAAGAUUGUGCAGUGGGUUCAUGGGUUCCUCUGGAUGCUCACAGCUUGGGAAAAUCUUAUAUUCCGUGAAGUAUUUGAAUCGAGUGUCUGGAAUUCAGAUUUGAAUUCUGAGUGGAUGCAGAGUUUCCCCGAGGAGCUGUUCUUCGUCCUCCGCGCGAUCCAGCUGCUUCGAGGGCUCAGCUCCGGCCUGGGCAUCAACUACUCCUGCGCAGAGCAGUGGAGGCCCAUCGCGGAGGAGGCUUUGCGCAGAUCCGGACGGCUGAAAGGUCUUUCUUCUUCUUCUUCUUCUUCUACCUCCAUCUUUACCCCCUGACCCACGCCUGAUCACUAAGAGCGGUGGCGGUGUUUCAGCACUGGAGCGGCGACGCGGAUUCUGGAGGAGGAUGCUCCGGAGAGGGUGA